AUGCGGUUUUCUCCAACUCAAUUACUCUCACAGCUGAGAUUCACUCGGAGAGCAGCAGCCUCUUCGCGUUUCUACACCGUCUCUGCUCUAAACCCCAAUCUCUCCGAUUCCGAACAACAACAGGUGAAUUAUCCCCUUAAAGUCGGAAACUUUAACUCCAAUCUCAAUGAAUUCGGCGUUCUCCGAGUCCUCAACAGUACAGGAAAUGACCCAAACCUCGCUUUAUCGUUUCUGGGAGAGCUUAAACAAGAUGGCGUUUCGCUUAACGUUGAUGCGUACGCGAGUGUGGUCAAAAUCCUCUCUAGUUGGGGUUUGGAUAGGAAGUUAGAUUCGGUGUUAGUGGAACUAAUUAAGAACGAGGAGCGUGGUUUCUGUGUCAUGGAUUUGAUAGCAGCAAUUGGAGAAGAAGCUGAGGAAGAGAAACGUUCUUUUCUCUUGAUCCGAGUCUCUGGUGCGUUGGUUAAAGCUUAUGUUAGUCUUGGCAUGUUUGACGAGGCUAUCGACGUUAUGUUUCAGAGUAAUCGAAUGGGUUGUGUUUCUUGCAUAAAGGCCUGCAAUUUCUUGAUGAACCGUUUGAUUGAGUUUCGGAAAAACGAUAUGGUGGUGGCUCUUUUCAAGCAGCUUAAGCAGCUGGGUUUGUCUGCAAAUGAGUACACGUAUACGAUUGUGAUCAAGGCAUUGUGUAGAAAAGGUGAUUUGGAAGGAGCAAGUAAGUUGCUUGGGGAGACUUCGAGUGUGUUUGCUCUGACGACUUUCAUUGAAGGACUUUGUGGGAAUCAGAGGACAGAGGAAGCUGUUGCUCUGAUAGAGGAGCUGGUGAAGGUGAAAGCUUUGGCUGGUGAUGGCCUUGGCACUGCUUAUAGUAUGGGGGUGAGAGGAUUCUGUGAUGAGAUGAAUGUAGAAGCAGCCGAAGAAGUUAUUUGUAAAAUGGAGGAAACUGGGAUUGGUCCUGAGGUUUAUGCUUGCUCGUUGGUUGUUGAUAGAUACUGCAAGAACAAGGAUUUAGUCAAAGCGUUGGGGGUUUUGGAUAAAAUGUUGGAGAAAGGACUCAAGAUAAAUUGUGUGGUUGUGAGUUCAAUCCUUCAGUGCUACUGUGAGAUGGAGAUGUAUUUGGAAGCAUUGGAGAAGUUUGAAGAGUAUAGAGACGGGAAGAAGAUUUUCCUUGAUAGGGUUUGUUACAAUGUUGCGUUUGAUGCUUUGAGCAAGCUUGGGAGAGUGGAAGAAGGUAUUGAGUUGCUCCAAGAAAUGAUGGAUAAAGGAGUGGUUCCUGAUCUCAUCAACUACACAACUCUUAUAGAUGGCUACUUGAUUCGAGGUGAGUUUGUGGAUGCUCUUGAUUUGGUGGACGAGAUGAGAAGAAACGGUGUCUCUCCUGAUGUGAUCACAUACAACGUGCUUGCAGGUGGAUUCGCCAGGAACGGUCAUGUUAAAGAGGCGUUUGAUAUUUACGGCAUAAUGAAGAAAGAGGGUCUAGAGCCUAAUGCUCUAACACACAGUGUGAUCAUUGAAGGUUUGUGUUCUGCACUUAAAAUAGAGGAAGCUGAAAAUUUCUUCAAGAGUCUGGAAAGCAAAUGCCCUGAGAACUAUGCCAGUUUGGUGAAAGGUUAUUGUGAUUCUGGUCUUUCGAAAAAGGGCUUUAGACUUCUCAUUGAACUAAACUUCCCUCUGCGGAAGAGUGUCUACUUCAAACUGUUCACUAGUCUCUGCAGCGAGGGUUGUCUCGACAAAGCUCUUGUGGUACUGAAAAGAAUGUUGGCUUAUGGAGUUGAACCUGGGGGGAGCAUGUAUGGUAAAAUGAUUGGGAAGUUGUGUGCGUUAGAUGAACCGAGACUGAGAGAAGCUCAGCUGGUAUUUGACACAAUGGUUAGGAGAGGACUCGUCCCUGAUUUGUUUACUUAUACUAUUAUGAUUCACACCUACUGUAGAGGAAAUGAGUUGCAGAAAGCGGAUGAUCUUUUCGAGGACAUGAAGAAGAGAGGAAUAAAACCUGAUGUGGUAACCUACACGGUUUUGCUUGAUAGUCAUCUGAAGUCUGAUCCAGAGCAUCGUGAAACAGGUUCUGUUAUAGGAGAGGUGCAAAAGAGGAAAGCUUCAGAAGUUUUUAGAGAAUUGCAAGCUGCUGAUAUUGAACUAGACGUUGUAUGCUACACUGUUUUGAUAGAUCGCCAGUGCAAGAUUCCCAACCUUGAGAUCGCCACAAAACUUUUGGAUCGAAUGAUAGACAGUGGGCUCAAGCCUGAUAUGGUGACUUACUCAGCUCUAAUAUCUGGUUAUUGUCGCAAAGGAUAUGUAAAUAAGGCAGAGACGCUUGCUAAGGAAUUGUCAAGAGAGGAUAUUUCACUGGGUGAACAUUUAUAUGCUACAGUUAGACGUGCUGUUUUGAAGACGAAGAGAUUUCAAUUACGGAAGUGA